AUGUUGGCACCUUCCCUUUCAGGGGAUAUCUUUGGGGAGGCAUUGUCAUUUAUUGAAGACCUUUGGACUGUUGAUAUUACACGUAUUAAACUUCCAGAUGAAUCUAUCUGUCUUAAGCUUCUGGUUCUAAUAUUUACAGGAACUAAAAAUGAGCGUGACAUAUGCUUUCGAACUUCAUAUUUCUGUUGGGAAACAAAGUUUAAUCGAAAAGGUUACAAAUACAACAAAUUUGCAGAAGACAAUUCCCUAACUAUCGUGUCUGGUGUUCCUCCGACGAGCAGCAGCAGCAGUGUCCUCUUUUUUGUCUUCCUUCUCCUCAGUAGUUCCCUGUGGCCUAAGGAGAUCCUUGAUCCCGAGGCAACAAAACCCGAAGAUUGGGAUGAUGAGGAGGAUGGUGAAUGGGAGGCUCCAAAGAUUGAUAACCCCAAAUGUGAAAAGGCACCUGGAUGUGGGGAGUGGAAGAGGCCAAUGAAAAGGAAUCCUGCAUACAAGGGGAAAUGGCACGCUCCCCUUGUUGAAAAUCCCAACUACAAGGGUAUUUGGAAGCCCCGGCUAAUUGGAAACCCUGAAUACAUCGAGUUUGAGAAACCAAAUUUUGAGUCGAUUGUGGCUAUCGGCAUUGAAAUUUGGACAAUGCAGGAUGAUGGUCUUCAAGGAGUUCAGAAAUUGGUGUUUGACUGUCUUUACAAGAUUGCAGAUCUUCCCUUCUUGGGUGAUCACAAGACCAAAGUUUUGGAUAUUCUUGAGAAGGUUGAGAAGCAGCCAAACCUUACAAUUGGUAUAGUUGCAUCCAUUGUAGUUAUCUUCACAGUGUUGUUGAAGGUCAUCUUUGGUGGGAAGAAGAAGCAUGCUAAAGUUAGAUCAGAGACAAAUAAGACAGAUACAGCUGAAACCUCAAACAACCAGGGAACUACUGAGGAGAAGGAAGACAAAAAAGAGGACACUGAUGCUGUUGCUCGUCGGAGGAACACCAGACACGACAGUUAG